AUGGAUUUGAUUCAUGAACAAAGCGCAAUAGAGUUACCAAGUAAAAAGAAAGUAAAGUUACGGAUGAAAAAUUUGAGGCUGCACUCUUGGGGUGUGUUCAGUAAUGUUUAUCGUGGUACUUUGCUAACUCCUGGACCACGGAAAGAAAUAGCACUCAAGAAAACUUGGCCAGGUAUGGGCCUUGAUGAUACAUCCCUCUUCACUAUUAAUAUCUGUGAGACCAUGAUAUUUGAAUACCUACCUCAAACGAUGUCAAACAUUGUCAAACAAAUUGGUGGUAAAUAUCCUGAUUAUAUCGAAAUUAAAUUAUAUUCAUGGCAGUUGUUCAAUGGGUUAACUUAUUUAUCGAACAAUCAUAUUUGCCAUCGCGAUAUAAAGCCACAAAAUUUGCUGAUUGAACCAAUCAGCGGUGUGCUGAAAAUUGCUGAUUUUGGUUCAGCAAAAUUUAUGAGGAAGAUGACAAAAUCAACCUCUUAUCAGGUCACACGGUAUUAUCGUCCACCAGAAUUACUGCUUAAAGCGACUUUCUAUUCACCUCAAUACUAUUUAGAUGUUUGGUCUGGUGGUUGCGUAUUGGGGGAAAUUACUAAAGGCAGCAUAUUAUUUCCUGGUAAGGAUGCGAAACAUCAAUUUAAAUUAGUAGUGGAUGCUCUCGGAAGUCCGGAUGAAACCGAGCUUAUGGAUAUGAAAGCGGCUAUACCAAUCGCUGGUGAUCGUAUUGCGCCACGUGGUCUCAGAUCCAUCUUGCCCUAUGCAUCUGAGGAAAUUAUCGAUAUCCUGCAACGAAUACUUGUUUAUAGUCCUAAGAAGCGCCUGUGCGGUAAAAUGUUCCUGUCGGAUCCAUUCUUUCAAGAACUUUUCGUUCCUAAUAAACGUCGAACCAAUGGGACUUUUGUUUCCGAUGUAAUCUCAUUGGAUGAUUUACAAAAAGUACCGUAUGUUUUUUUUUCAAAUUUUUAA